GGGACUAAACUAAUAAUCCAAAUCAAUCUAAUUUAGCAGUAAAGUGAUUUUGAGCAAUGUUAUCUCCACACGUUAUAUAUGGAAGGGAACGUCGAGGGCGAGGAUCCCGAAUCAGUUUUUGUUGCGUUGCGUUGCGACUGUGGAAUCCAUAACCUAACGAAACCCCAAUUUCGCCGGCGAAAUGGGAUCUAUCGGAGUACUCCUCGUGGCUAACGUGAUGCCAUACCUGGAGCAGGAGCUCGACAAGCGCUACAAGCUGUUCCGCGCAUGGGAUUACCCGAACGUGGCGCAGCUGCCGAGUCAGCACGUCACCGCGAUCCGCGCGGUGGUCGGAAACGCGAGCGCUGGCGCGGAUGCGGCGCUGAUCGAGGCGCUGCCGAAGCUGGAGAUCGUGUCGAGCUUCAGCGUGGGAGUGGAUAAGGUUGACGUGGAGAAGUGCAGAGAGAAGGGAAUUCGCGUGACAUACACGCCUGAAGUGUUGACCGACGAGGUCGCGGACCUCGCUAUUGGCUUGAUGCUGGCAGUCCUCAGGAGAAUCUGCGAGAGUGAUCGCUUUGUCAGGAGCGGCCAGUGGAAGCGCGGUGACUACAAGUUGACCACUAAGGUUUGCUUGUUUCUGCAUUCUCGUCAUUCUUCUUCUCUCCCAAUUGAAAUAGGGAAAAGUGAUUAUCUGCAUUGGCUUUCUUACCUAUACUUAUACUACACCAUUAUUUGAGUUUUUUAACCAUUCUUGUAUAAUUUUAUUAGGAAAUUAUAAGAAUGGUACGAAUUUUAAAAAAUUAAAUUUGGAAGUUAUGACUGCCGCUGAAGAAGUGAUGACUGCAAGCUAUGACCCUCCACCAAGUUAUCUUAUGGUGAAAUAACUUUAUUCUAGAUGAAUUGAAGUUGUGUCAAAAGUUUGAAUUUUUUUAAAAAACUUGCACAAUUCUCGUAAUUUUAUUAGAAAAUUACACCAGAGUGAUAAAAAAAGUCCAUUAUUUUAUCUAAAGUAUUAUUCCAUUAAGUACUUUUACCAAGUGUUUAAUUUGUUAGGUCAAUUGUAAUUACAUUACUAUAUAAACCAGAUUACGUGACCCAGAAACUCAAAAUAACCAUGAUUUGAAAAAAAAAAGGAGUAUUCUAACCUUUAAGAAAGUCAUAAAAAUCUGAUAUAGCCACAUAGAAACAUCUGUAUGGUACAAAAUAGAAAUAUUUGUUCCUUGGUGAACGUAAUGUAUGGAUGAUCUUAAGGAAUGAAGGAAGUUGAUACUAUUCAUCAUGAUGAAUCAUGAUGACGAUGUUUAAGAUUUUUUAUUUUGAUCUUUCUAAUGCUCUAAAAGUAUGAUUUAGAAUUACAUUUGCAAAAUUGCAGUUAUAUACUUGGUAUUUUGUAUACAUAUAUUAGUAUGUAUGUUGUAUGUAUUGUUUCUUUCUUAUGUAUUUUUAGAAUAAUCAUAUUGCUGGAUCA